ACAAUAUUAUAAACUAAUUAUAUUUUAUAAAAAUCCAUUUGAUAUUAUAUAUAAAAUAUAUAUGUGUGUGUGUUCGGGCAAAACAAGAAUGUUAAACAAAAAUUCAUAAAUAUUUUUGUUAAUGUAUUGAAGAAUAAAAUUAUAAAAAUUCAUAAGGGGCAAAAGAGAAUGGUGAGAAGCGGUGGAGCACAUACUGAAUAGUCAAAAUAUUAAGAUUGAAGGAUGAGAGGGCGAAAGAACAUUUCCAAUAAGAGAGAAAGAAAGUGAAAUUGGAAUUAGAGGACGCAGGAGAAGAGAGGGAGAAAUGGAAGAGGCAAAGGCAUUGGCCCAGCAGCACCAACUGCUUCUACAACAGCAUCAACAACAACAGCAGCAGCAGCAUCAACAAGCGCAGCAGCAGCAACAUCAACAAGCGCAGCAGCAGCAACAUCAACAUCAUCAUCAACAGCAGCAGCAGCAGCAAUUAAUGCUUUUGCAACAAUUACAGAAACAACAACAGCAAGCCCAACAGCAGGCUGCCGCCAUUUCUCGUUUCCCCUCCAACAUCGACGCCCACUUACGCCCCCUCCGCCCAAUCAAUCUUCAGCAGAACCCUAACCCUAGCCCUGCCCCUGCCCCUGCCCCUGCCCCUGCCCCUGCCCCUGCCCCUUCCCCUACCUCCACCUCGACCCCACACCCAACCCCAACCCCCAAUUCUCUCUCUAAUCUCCACCAAAAUCCCAGUUCCAGUCAGCAGCAGCAGUCCCAGCCCCAGCAGAAGCCAAUCCGACCCGGGAACCAUGUGGAGCUCCAGAUGGCGUACCAGGAUGCCUGGCGUGUUUGCCAUCCCGACUUUAAGCGCCCAUUCUCCUCCCUCGAAGACGCCUGCGAAAGGUUAUUACCUUACCAUGUGGUAGCUGAUUAUGAAGCAGAGGAAGAUGAUAGGAUCCUUGACUCUGACACUACAGGCCAAAUGCCAUCACGAUCUCAGCAGUGGGAUCAUAAUAUUUCUGCCAAAGUUGCAGAAUUUACAGCCACAUUUGAGAAGCAGGCUCUGGCCUUUAACAUCAUCUCGCGCAAACGAGCAAUGGGAGAGUUCCGGUCUGAAGAGAGAAUGAUGAUAGAACAAGCUCUAUGCCAAGAGGAAAAACGGGCAUUUAUAGAAUUGAAAGCAGAGAUUGAAUCAAGAGAAAAAGCUGGCCGGGAGGCUCAUGAAGCUAAAUUGCGUAUGGCAGCCAUGGUUCAAGCGGAGCAAGCUCGUGCCGAAUCACAAGCACAUGCUGAAAUGAUGGCUAGAGCCCCAAUAAGGACAAGUGCACUUGGUUCCCAAGGCAAUGAUAUUUCAAUUGGUCAUAACAUGGGAGAGCAGGAACACCCUGAUGAGAUGAUGAAUGGAUGGGGAAACAAUAUGCAAAGAGAUGAGAAGGAGCCUUCUGAAGACUUUUUGAAUGAUGAGGAGACUGAGAAUGGAGACACAGGCAUGCAGGAUGGUUGGCGUGAAGUUGGAGAGUUUGAUUUAAACACUAGGUAGACUUUAGAGAAACCAUAAUCAAAUAAUCCUGAUCAUGGCCCGAUAGUAAUGGUAAUGUCCAUGAUAUUGAGACUGAACGUGCUUGAACUUUUUGAUUAGGUUGGAAAAAUGAGAAAGUUACUCUGUUUGAGAUCCACUCUCAGAGAGGGAAAAGAUAUAUCACUCGAGGAUUUCCAUA